AUGGCGACGGUUGACGUUGUUAUCCCCUCCCGCCAGAGGACUGUCCCUGGCUCCAUCAAUGUCCCCCUUGCCCAAUUCCCUGCUACGCCUACCAAAACUGCCCCAGCCGAUGUCUCUCAAAUCGCCGCUGGCGUGGUGGACUCUCUAAACAAGGCACUCGACGCCCGCGACUACCAAGCUAUCGCCAACCUCUUCGUCGAGAACGGCUACUGGCGCGACCACCUAGCUCUGACGUGGGACUUCCGAACCCUCCAAACCCCGACGAACAUCGCCAGUUUCCUCGCCGAGGCCGCGAAAAGCCGAGACGGCUUCAGGUUGAAAAAGGUCAACGUCGACAACAGCACCGAGACCCGCGCCCCCGUCUUCAUCCCUCUCGACGGGCCCGGCGAGACGUUUGGCAUCCAAACCUUCAUCACGCUCGAGACCUCCAUCGGAAAGGGCCGCGGCCUCGCCCGCUUCGUCGAGGUGAACGGACAAUGGAAGAUUUUCACCCUCUACACAAGCCUCCGGGAACUCACGGGCCACGAGGAAGGCACGUACUUCAAGAGACCCGCCGGCGUAGAGCAUGGCGGCAAGCCCGGACGCAAGAACUGGGCCGAGCGCAGAGCGGCGGCGGAGGGAUUCAACGACGGAUCCGAGCCGGCGGUCGUUAUUUUGGGUGCCGGCCAAGCCGGUCUCACCGCGGCCGCCCGGCUCAAGGCGCUCGGCGUAGAGGCUCUCAUCAUCGACCAAAACGAGCGCGUGGGCGACAACUGGCGCAAGCGGUACCGCCAGCUCGUCCUCCACGACCCCGUCUGGUACGACCACAUGCCCUACCUCAACUUCCCGCCGCAGUGGCCCAUCUUCACCCCCAAGGACAAGCUCGCCCAGUUCUUCGAAGCGUACGCGACCCUCCUCGAGCUCAACGUGUGGACCCGCACGGAGCUCGUCCACACCCGCUGGGACGACGAGACCGGCCUCUGGACCGUCAUCGUCCACAGGCGGCGCGAGGACGGCACGAGCGAGGUGCGCACUUUCCACCCCCGCCACGUCAUCCAGGCCACGGGCCACUCGGGCAAGAAGAACAUGCCCGAGAAGGCCAUCGUGGUCGGCUGCUGCAACUCGGGCCACGACAUUGCGCAGGAUUUCUUGGAAAAGGGCUACGACGUCACCAUUGUGCAGCGCUCCACCACGCACGUCGUGUCCUCGGCGGCCAUUACGGGUAUCGGGCUGCAGGGCGUGUACUCGGAGGAUGCCCCGCCCGUCGACGACGCCGACCUGCUCAUCCACGGUUUGCCCACGGCCGUGCUUAAGGCGCUUAACGUGACUAUUGCCCAAAAGGAGGCCGAGUUCGAUAAGGAGUUGCUUGACGGUUUGGAAAAGGCCGGCUUCCGCACGGAUCCGGGCCCGGAUGGCGCGGGGCUCAUCAUCAAGUACUUUCAGCGCGGCGGCGGCUACUACAUCGACGUGGGCGCGUCGCGCCUCAUCGCCGAGGGCAAGAUCAAGGUGAAGCAGGGCCAGGAGAUUAGCGAGGUGCUGCCUCACGGUCUACGCUUCGCCGACGGCGACGAGCUCGAGGCCGACGAAAUCGUCUUCGCUACCGGGUACCAAAACAUGCGCACCCAGACCCGCCUCACGUUUGGCGACGAUAUUGCCCGCCGCGUCGGUGAUGUCUGGGGCUUCAAUGACGAGGGCGAGAUGCGCACCAUUUGGCAGAAGAGCGGGCAUCCCGGGUUCUGGUUCCACGGCGGUAACUUGGCGCUCUGCCGGUACUACUCGGCGCUUUUGGCGCUGCAGAUCAAGGCUCUCGAGGAGGGCAUUUCGAAAUACGAAGAGAUUUGA